CCCCCCCUCCCCCUCCACCCACCAUGACAGCCUCCAACAUCCCCUUCAACGUCUCAGAGCACUACAAAGUGCACGAGGUCAUCGGCGAGGGAGCCUACGGCGUCGUCGUCUCGGCUGUCCACAUCGCCUCGGGAACAAAGGUCGCCAUCAAACGCAUCACUCCGUUUGACCAUGCAAUGUUCUGCCAGCGCACCCUGCGCGAGAUCAAGCUGCUGCGGCACUUCCGUCACGAGAACAUCAUCGCCAUUCUCGACAUCAUCGCGCCCCCUAGCUUUGAUCAGUUCCACGAGGUCUACCUGGUCCAGGAGCUUAUGGAGACUGACCUUCACCGCGUCAUCCGCACCCAGGAGCUGUCAGACGACCACUGCCAGUACUUCCUCUACCAGACGAUCCGCGGACUAAAGGCGCUGCACAGUGCCAACGUGCUGCAUCGUGACCUUAAGCCGUCCAAUCUCCUGCUCAACGCCAACUGCGAUCUCAAGAUCUGCGACUUUGGUUUGGCGCGCUCAGCGGCCCUCCCGCCUCCCGAUGCCGGGCCGAACGGCGGCAACGGCUUUAUGACAGAAUACGUCGCGACGCGCUGGUACCGUGCACCUGAAGUUAUGCUGUCGUUCCAGGAAUACUCCAAGGCGAUCGACGUGUGGAGUGUCGGCUGCAUCCUCGCCGAGAUGAUCAACGGCAAGCCCCUCUUCCCCGGACGCGACUACCACCACCAGCUGAGUCUGAUCCUCGAGUGUCUCGGCACGCCGACAAUGGACGACUUCAACGAGAUCACUUCGCCGCGCUCCAAAGACUACCUCCGUGCACUGCCCUUCCACCGCCGCCGCGACCUGCGUGAAAUGUGCCCCAAGGCCAAGCCCAACGCGCUCGACCUCAUGCGCCGCUGUCUCACAUUCUCCCCACGCAAGCGCAUCACCGUCGAGGAGGCCCUGGAGCACCCCUACCUCGAGCCGUAUCACGACCCUUCGGACGAGCCGGGAGCCGAGCCUCUCCAUCCCGACUUCUUCGACUUUGAGAACCGCCAGAGCGCACCUGGCAGAGAGCAGCUCAAGGCUCUCAUUUAUCAGGAGAUCCAGCGCCCGCUCGGCGACGCCUAGAUGGCUCGGGUUUGCACGCUGUAACUUUGUUGCCACGACGGUGCUGCGCACCAAAUCUCUCAACACCCCAUCUCAACACAAGUCUCGCUCCCGCCUACGCCUCCAUAAUCGAUAUAUAUCGUCUCUUCACGCACGUGUUCCGUAUGGUCGGGUACCGGCGUCGUACAGCCGCGACCCGUUGUAUGCAUCAGAAUACCCAAUCAAGAUGGCAACUUGACCAGGUGUUACGGAUCGAUACCAUGAGGAGACAGGGGAGGAAAGUGACGGAUAUGACCCAAGAUGAAUGUACAACACUACAGACUGUCCUGGCGAC